CGAGACGGUAACGCGGGGGCGGCGCCUUUUCGUCGCUCGCGCUAGGCCUGGGUAGAAGCUCAAGACCUCGUCAGAGUCGCACACAGAGCCGAGCCUUCAAAACCGAAGAUAAAGGAGAGCAAACAAAAAAAAAAAAAGUUCCAGCGCCAUGAGAAGGACCACCGGCAGACACUUGUUUUGCUUGCUGCUGCUUUUCUUUCCGCUCUCGUGGGCAGAGGACACGAAAAAAGACGCGAGGAAGACCGAGAAUGUUACAGUUUGGGGACAAACUAAAACAAGACGACUCUUUGCGAGGCAUAAGAUUUCUCCAGCAGAGCAGACUCACAUUAGACACAAGUCCCACAUCCUGACCCCGGCGCGGCGCUGCGGCCGCCUGAUGGAGAACUGCUUCUCACACUUGCCUUGCUGCGACCCGUGCGCCUCCUGCCGCUGCCGGCUCUUUAACACCAUCUGCCACUGCUGGAGGAUGAAUCCGCUCUGCCUGAAGAGGACCUAGUGGCGACCCAACGGUACAGCUCAGCACACACUUGGGGAGUUUUCUCUAAUUCUGCUUCAACGUGACCUGAAACAUCAUCCAACGGCAGAGCGCAGUCGCUGUGAAUAAGCUAGUGAAAAUGAGGGAAUGUUUCUAAGGAGAUGUAGGAUAAAAGAAAAGCUAAGUUGUCAUCACACGCAGCAUUAAUAGGCAGAUAAAGACUCAACACAUAAGCCUGCUAUAUCUCACUAAAAGUGUACAACGUUGCCUGCAUAAACGAUGAUUCUUGCCAUUUCUCUGUAAUAAUUAGAAUAGGAUAAGUUUAUGAAACAAUUCUGGCUCAUUACAUAACAAUAAAGCGUCUGUUAGCUCACAUCAGUGUGUCGCCUUACAGAGACGAGACAGAGAGGCAUCCUGCAUGUUUUAGUUCUCUCCCUGGUGGUAGUAACAACCUUUCCAGCAUGUCAGUGUUCUUCUUAGGCCUUCUAAGGAGCCAUCAUUUGAUCCAGGUGCGUUAAACCAAGGAGAGAACUAAAACAUGCAGGAUGCCACUUGUACACCACUGGUUUAAUGCAUCACUGCUGCGCUAAGAUUGCCUUAAAAACAGGGAUGGUGUUCCUAUCAGAAGGGGGUGGCCAAUAAAAAUCUUGACUUGUGUCAUUUUUCAUGUUUCUAAAUAAUAACAUGUUGACUGUGACUGACUUUUAGGCAUUGCUGCUUUUAGGCAUUGCACAAUAUUUGCAUAUUCUCUCCUGUCACUCAUGUGGAGACUCCGACAUUUACUGUACGACUUCAGCAUCUUUUCUUUAAGACUCACAGCAGAAGUGGUGUGGAAAAACUAAUUUCAUGUACAUUAUCAUUCCUUUAUUGCUUGCACUUUAUUAUUUGUGUGUGGUUUUAUGAGUUCAAAUGACUUUAUAUUUUUGCUAUCUAAUAAAUAUGCAAUAAACUCAUGAUGUCAUGGGGUUUGUUUUGAGCUGAAAUGUAAAAAAAAUAAAUAAAAAUUGCUAAAAAAACAUCCUAAAAGAAAAAAAAACACAAUUUACAUUGUUGGGAAAAUAAGCUUUCAGAUUUCUUUUAUUUUUUUUUUGUCACACUCAGAUGUUUCAGAUCAUCCAAUAUAUUUUUAUGUCAAAGAUAACAUUACUAAAUACCACAUGUAGUAUUUUAGCAGGCAGGGUUAACCGUUUUUCCAUAACAUAACAGGCUAAAGUUUUCAUUAUAUGGUGAAAUUAAACAAUUUUAACAUCAUUUAAUGUAGGCCGUAUUAAAUACUGACUAAAAACAAUGGAAAUUGUUGUUUGUUCACAUUAAACAGAUAUACCAUUAAAAUAUAGCAAAACAGGAACUUUAAUGCAAGAUGAAAAGCAUAAAACUUUAUUGUUUUCUUUAUCACUUCCUUACCUUCGUAGCGCAUCAGUAGUUUUUGGUUGAGAAGUUGGUGCUGCUUUCCCAGGCAGCUUAGCUGACUGAGUGCUUUUAAUGAGAAAUGUAAGGAGUAAGCCUGUCACUUAUAAAUCUUGUUGGACAAUAACUUGUCUCAGAAGUUAUUGCAAUAAACUAUAAUAUUGUUGUUUGAGACCAUUUUCAAGUAAUGCAAUGGUAAUGGCACAAUAAUGCAAGAGCACAUUCAUAAAGAUCAAUAAACGUUUAAUGCUAAUGAACAUUUAAUACUAUAACUGUAAGACAUUUUA